GCUCUGCACUGUACAUAUCUACCUCCUUGAUGGCGAUCACGCAUUCCGCGCACAGGCGCCGCUAAUGGCUCGGCUGAUCGCUGCAAAGUGGAUGACUCGACGAUACUUGCUCUCGCUCGGACCUUGGCACUGAGAGCAAGCAAUAAAGUGGUCCAAUUGGCGAAAUCGAGGACCCCAACGAUUUCACUGCAGGUGUCGAGUCAAGACCGACGUUCUCUUGGCAGUUGGGCUCAAGCUCUAGCUAGGUCAAAGUCAGAGCAUUCCAUGACUCCCCCGACAGGCAUCUCGGCACAUCUCAACCCAGUAUACACUGAGGACUACUUGGCGAGAGGUUGCGAAUUUACCCUCGAAUGCUUUCAUCUCUGUCAUAUGGCAGCUAUAAAAUCCUGAGCCUACCAAAGCUGUUGGACCUCAUUGACCAGUAUCUAUUCCCCCCUGCUCACCAUGUUGUUCAGUCAACUGAUCCCAACCGCUCUCAUAGGCUCUACUUCCGCUGCUCCAGUCAAUGUCAGAGCUUUCCAAGCCUAUUCGGCAGAAGUCACCAUCCAUGAGAGCUGCAAUGCGACACAGCGACACAUGCUGUCACAGGCCUUGACUGACACCUGGUCCGUCGCUAGUGUAGCCAGAGAAUACGUCAUUACGAAUGGGCCUUCCGAUCCCGUGUUUGAACACUACUUCGGAAACGCUACAGAGGCUUAUGCCACGGUCGUCGGGAUCUGGGAUUCGUUUCUCAACGGGAACAAACAAGGCGUGCUGCUCCGAUGCGACAAUCCAGAUGACAACUGCCAAAACGAAGGUUGGGCAGGGCACUGGCGAGGUGAAAAUGGGUCUACGGAGACUGUUAUUUGUGAUUUGUCUUACCGAACUCGCCUCUUCAACCCUGCCUUUUGUAUGAACGGCUUCAACCUCAUCACUGCGGAGAAAAUCUCCAUCUACUGGUCUAUCGAUCUAAUCCACCGCCUAUUCCAUGUCCCGAGCGUAACCAAUGGAUUGGUCGAGCACUAUGCUAGCGACUAUACCUCCGUUCGAGAACUUGCGCAACACAAUUCGUCCUUUGCCGCUGUCGAUUCGGACGCUCUGCAGUACUUUGCGGCUCACGUCUGGGCAAUUGAAGUGGCAGGCGGCGGAAGCGCCUGCGUAUCGGACCAAUCAACUCAUGAUGACAAUUCAGACCACAACGAUGCCACAACUUCAGUGACUGCCUCUGUACCACCACCUCCCGUUGAGAGCACUGGGUGUGUUCUACACGAUGAUCACUAUCACUGUUCUAGUCCUGCCACGACGGCGGUAGGAGCCACCUCAACGACGAGGGCCGCGAAAGAGUGCCACACCCAUUCCGACGGCACUCAGCACUGUGUCUAGCUGUAAGGAUGCAGUAGGUUUCGCAUGUAGAUCCUCCAUAGAGCUAUAAUGUAUCUGAUGCCGGCCGG